AGGGAAACUUCUGGUAUUAUUGGCAGUUUAGUUCUAACCUUUCCUUCGGACAAUUCAAAACUGUCAUAUACUCCUGUGAAAAUAGUUGUAGAAAAAAGUCUCUUUUUUCAAAUUUAUUUUCGAUAAACAGCAAAAUAAUGCCUGCCGAAACUCAAGACGAAUCAGACAUGAGAGGUGUGCGAAACUGGUGGGUGAAUGUGAAUCACAUUGCCAUUGUGGUGGCUGACAUUGGGACCAGUCUCGCAUUCUACACCGAUGUGGUCGGAUUCGAACAAGUCAUGCGACCGGACUUCGACAGACAUGGCGCGUGGCUGACAAUGGGCAAUGUGGACCUGCACCUGAUCAAAGGUCGUCCGGCGGUGCACUCUGACGAUGAUCUGAUAGUGUCUCACAUUGCUCUGACUGUGACCGGGGACAGGAUGGAGACUCUGAGGGAGAAGCUGGCCGACAUGGGGGUGCGCUACAGGAACAAUGUGUCUGUGCCUAACCCCACUGUCACCAGUGGAAGUCGCAAAGGCCAAACCGAUCAGGCGUUUGUGCGGGAUCCCGACGGCUACUACAUCGAGUUCUGUUCCUGUGAGUCCUUGGAGGACUACCUGAAGCAGAUCAUGGCUGAUAACUCCAGCAUUGCCUCCAAGGAUGAGUGGGGAGUCGGAACCAUGACAGGCAUGAUGAGUAUCAGUGGGAAGUUGAAGCAGAGAUCUCACGAUGCUUCCGCAGCAGUUCGGCAGGUCAGACAGAGGCUGGAAGAGCUGGACACCCAGGACGGUGGAGCCGAAAUAAAGCACCCUGAUUGGUUGAUUCCUGACGAGGAGAUUUCAGAAGAAGAAAUUGACGAGACUGCAGCCAAGGCAGAUCCUGUGAAACUAAGGAAUCUACUGAAAAGACGCAAGACGUAUGGAGAUAUCACUCAAAACGCAACAGACCUCCAGAUUCAACGACUACUGGUCAGACACGACAACGAGGUGCCCAAAGUAAUUGCUUCGCUGGAAGAAUGGGUUCAAACCAAGAGAACCCAGACAUACAUUCCACCCGCCUUCUACGACAAAGAAGGACAGUUGAUUCAACCUCCAUCCUUCGAGAUGCCUGCCUAUGUCAAACGAAACCAAAACGCAUGGAACCUCAACAAAUAAACUCAAGUCAAUUACAAACGAGUAAAACUGAAAUCGAAGUGGUGCCAGGGCUUCAAGCGCACACCAAUACGGGGUGACGCUCAAGACAAUUCAACAAAAAAAUUAGUUGGGUUUUGGUUUCAACCUGCAAUAAUUUCAUCAUAACAAAAUAUCUUUCAUUACACAAAAUAAUUUUUGAUCGCUUC